AUGUUACAGGCUAUUGGAGCUGUGGAUGAGAAAGAGGAGCAGGCAGAGGAGGACUGUCCUGAAUUCGUCCUCACUGAGAUGAAGGAAAGAGAGGAAGAGGAAAUGUCCAGUCCUAGUGCUAAGAUCCCAGUCACAAUUAUCACUGGGUAUUUAGGUGCUAGGAAGACAUUACUUUUGAACUAUAUCUUGACAGAGCAACAUAGUAAAAGAGGAGCAGUUAUUUUAAACAAAUUUGGGGAAGGAAAUACAGUGGGGAAAUCCUUAGAUGUCAGCCAAAGUGGAGCACUCUACCAAGAAAGAUUGGAACUUAUAAACGUUUGCCUCUGCUGUUCAGUAAAGGGUGGCCUUGGAGCUAAUGAGAAUUUGAUACAGAAGAAGGGAAAAUUUGAUGAUACACCAUUAGAUACCACUGGAUUAGCAGAUCCUGGUGCUGUAGCUUCUCUGUUUUGGGUUGAUGCUGAAUUAGGGAUUGAUAUUUAUCUUGCUGGGAUCAUAACUCUUAUGGAUUUAAAAUAUGGAUUAAAACAUUUAGCAGAAGAAAAACCUGUUGGCCUUAUCCAUGAGGCUUCUAGGCAAGCUGCUUUGGCAGAUAUCAUCAUCAUUAAUAAAACAGACUGGGUUUCACAAGAGGAUUUAAGCAAAUUAAGAACAACCAUUAGAUCAAUAAAUGGACUGGGAAAAUUUUUAAAAACACAAAGAUCAAGUUUGCAGAAAAAGCUCCAACACUUACCAACCAUGCACCCUCACUCUGAUUAGAGCAUUAUCACAGUCACACAUUUAAGUACCAAGAAACAUGAAGGAAGAAAGUCUAAAUGUAUUAUUCAGAAUCUUCUGUGGGAGAAGAAUGUGAGAAACAAGGACAAUGACUACAUGGGGCUGGUUUUGAUCAAAGACAAACCAAAAUUAGUGAUCCUCCAAGGUGUCCAUGAGCUCUGUGACCUGGAGGAACCAGUGAGCUAGAAAGAAGAUGCUGAGACAACACAUCGAUAGGUUCUUAUUGAUGGGAAUUUAGAUGAGGACAUCCUUCAAUAACUACUUAUAGCUACCGUGACUGAAACAGAAAAGUGGUGGGCAACACAUUUCAAAGAAGAUCAAGUUUGCCCAUAA